AGUAAGUAUAAAUAAUGAAAUUGUUUAUGAAUUAUUAGCUUGCGAGUAAUUUUUUAUUUUAAAAUUUUAGACAAAUAGAAACUGUCAGCAGCAAUCAAUGGAGAGUACUCAUAAUAAAGAAAAAAAUGUUUUUAAAACUCAUAAUAAUAAGAAACCAUCUGGUGCUCAAUACAGAAAACGUAAAGCAGAAAAAGUUGAUAAUUUGAAGAAAAAUUAUAAAAAACUUGAAAAUUUUUUUACAUCGGAAAAUAGUGAUUGUAAUAAAAUAAAAGAAGGAGAAAAUGUUGCGCAUGUACUAGUGAUACAUCAACCAGCGAUGAAGAAGACGGAAUAGUGUCAGUUGGAAAUGUUCACUACGAUGAAAAAUAUAUCGAUAACGAAAAUGAUGAUGGCCAAGAUGGUGAUGUAAAUGAUCGCACCAAAGAAACAGCAAUCGAUUACUCAGACUGUGGUUUGUGGCCAAUUCAUCGCAACAUUCAAUUUGUUGAUUAUGUAAUUAAUAUAGGUGCAAUACAAGUGAAUUUGGACACAUAUCCACGCGAUAAUAGAAGACGACAUUUUUCAAAUGCUUAUUACAACCGAAAACUUUCAAAUGGUGAGGUUAUUUCACGACGUUGGCUUGUGUACUCAGUUUCUAAAGAUGCGGUAUUUUGUUUUUGCUGCAAACUUUUUGAUUUUAACAUGAAUUUAAAGUUAAACGGAAAUGGAUUCAAUAAAUGGAAGAAUUCAACAGAAGCAUUAAAAAUUUACGAAAAUGGUAAGUCACACAGAAUUGCUUAUCGACUAUGGAUUGAGACAGAAAUACGAAUGAAAGCUGGUGAAACUAUUGAUAAACAAGAACAAAAACUAAUCGAAAAGGGCAGUUUAAGGUAGCGAAGUGUUCUUGAACGAUUGAUGAACAUUACUUUAUACUUGGCAACAAAUAAUAUGGCCUUCAGAGGUUCUUCUGAUAAAUUGUGUGCAGUUAAUAACGGCAAAUUUUUAGGAUUGGUACAAUUACUCGCUAAAUUUGAUCCUAUCAUGUUAAACCACGUCACGCUAGCUCUUAAAGGAGAUAUUUCUGAUCAUUACUGUACUUCACGCUGGAAUGUUUUACUUAGUCAUACAACAAACUUCACUCUUACACGAUUAUGCGACACUCGUUGGGAAGCCAAAAUUGAGAGCCUCAAAGCUAUCCGAUACCAAAUAAGCAGCGUACAUGAUGCUUUAAUUACUAUAUAUGAAACUGAAACCAAAACUCCCGAUAUUGCACACGAAGCGCAAACAUUAGCAGAACAAUUAAAAGACUAUAGUUUUUUAGUUUCUUUAAUUGCAUGGUACAAUGUACUAUUCCAAAUAAACGUUGUUAGUAAAGCAAUGCAAGCCAAAGACAUGGAUCUAGUACAGUGCGCUGAAAUGUUGAAAAAAUGCAUCACAUUUUUGGAAAAUUACAGAACGUUUGGCUUUAAACAAGCAACGGUUGAUGCCAAAGAGUUAGCUGAAGAGUUGAACAUCGAUGGAAUAUUUAGGCCGCUUAAAAGAGUGCGACGAGUGAAACGUCAUUAUGAUGAAAAUGCUUUUGACGAACCAAUUCAAAAUCCCGAGAAGAAACUUGAAGUGACAUUUUUUAAUCCUUUAUUAGAUACAUGUCUGUCGUCAAUAAAUGAAAGAUUUGAACAACUUAAUGAAUAUGUAAAUAUAUGGAGUUUUUUAUUUAAUUUGGAUAAUUUGCCCAUCAAGAAUGAACUUUUAAAAUUGUGUAAACAAUUACAAGAAAAAUUAACUGUAAAUACAAAAUCAGAAAUCGAUGGUGCUUUGCUAUGCGACGAACUAAUAAGUGUGCAGUUUUUUAUAAAAGAUAAAUUAAGCAAUGUUGAAAAUGAAAUAAAUACAAAAGAGAUGACACCAUUUUUUGUACUGAACCUUAUUAAAAAACAUUGUCUACAAGAGUUAUAUUCAAAUACAUGGAUUGUUCUGCGCAUUCUUCUUACAAUACCUGUUACUGUUGCUAGUGGAGAACGUAGUUUUUCUAAACUGAAGUUAAUCAAAACAUAUUUAAGAAAUACCAUGUUGCAAGAUCGACUUAAUUCUCUAUCUAUGUUAUCAAUCGAGCAAGAUAUAGCUGAAAAUUUAUAUUUUUCUAGUUUGAUAAGAGAUUUUGCGGACAAAAAAGCUAGAAAAGUUAGAUUUUAAAAUUUAAUAACUCUUGUUUAUAUAGUUAGAGGAUUUAUUAUAUGUUUAAUAAAAACAUUUGUUAUUUUUAAAGCA